AGUGCGUGAGAGAGCGGGUACUGUGAACUGCGUUACUAUGCUGUUGCCCUAAUAACUACACAUUGGGGAACUAAACGCGCAAACUAGAUUAUAUUUUAUCUUGUUUACAAAGAUAACUGAACAAACACCGGAGGGGGGUGGACAGCCUCAUGUGUUGGUUCAGUGGAUUUCGGCUAAGUUAUGGAUUUGACUAAAAUGGGUAUGAUCCAGCUCCAGAACCCAACCCAUCCCACAGCGCUCCUGCAGAAGGCUAACCAGAUGCGUCUGGCAGGGACACUGUGUGACGUGGUUAUUAUGGUGGACAACCAUGAGUUCCACGCUCACCGGACAGUGCUGGCCUGCACCAGCAAGAUGUUUGAGAUCCUGUUCCACCGCAACAGCCAACAUUACACCCUGGACUUCCUCUCGCCAAAGACCUUCCAGCAGAUCCUGGAGUAUGCCUACACCGCCACCCUCCAGGCCAAAGUAGAGGACUUGGAUGACCUACUGUAUGCGGCAGAGAUCCUAGAGAUAGAGUACCUGGAGGAGCAGUGUCUGAAGAUCCUGGAGACCAUCCAGUCCUCAGACGAGAAUGAAGCAGAGGUCACCAUGCACGACGGUGGUGGGGAAGAGGACGAGGACCGCAAGGUGAGGCAUGGGAAGAACGCAUUGAUGUCAAAGAAGCAUUCCAUGGAAGAGGGCGGCUACAUUGCCUCCGCGCAGCAGGGCUUGGGUCUGGCUAACAUGGUUGACCAGAGCCCUUCAGUCUCGACAUCCUUCGGCCUCUCCACCAUGAGCCCCACCAAGGCCGCAGUGGACAGCCUCAUGAGCAUUGGGCAGUCUCUGCUGCAGAGCAGCAUGCAACAGAACACCAGCGGGGACCUGCUGGCCCAGGGAAACUCUCAGCCGCUGCUGGCUGAGGUAAAGACUGAAAUGAUGCAGGUGGAUGAGGGCGGGGGCUGUGAGAGCCCCAGGGUGAUGGAGUCAGGGUCCUCCAGCAAUGGGGAGAAGAGCGGAGAGCCUGACAAAAACAGGGAUGGCCCGGGAACGCCCACCAGGAGCAGUGUGAUCACAAGUGCACGCGAGCUACACUAUGUCCGGGAAGAGGGUGGGGCCGUGGACCUGCAGGGCGACGCCGUCCAGACAGGCCUGGAGGGUGUGGCCGGCCUGACCGAGAAACACCUGGCCUCUUUGUACUCUGUGCCUCCCAACCACAAAAGCGAGACAGUGCUGUCCAUGCCCAGCUCGGUGGCCUCAUCCCUCCAUAUGUCCCCCGCCCUGGCCAUGUCCAUGGACUUCAGCGCAUACGGGGGGCUCCUGCCACAGAGCUUCAUGCAGAGAGAGUUCUUCAGCAAGCUCGGGGAGCUGGCCACUGGAAUCAAGCCGGACAGCAGGAGCCAGAAUGAGCGAUGCAACGUGUGUGGGAUCGAGCUGCCGGACAACGACGCCGUGGAGCAACACAGGAAGCUGCACAGUGGAAUGAAGACCUACGGAUGUGAUCUGUGUGGGAAACACUUCCUCGACAGUUUACGCCUAAGGAUGCACUUGCUAUCUCAUUCGGCUGACGCGAAGGCCAUUGUCUGUGACCAGUGCGGUGCCCAGUUCCCAAAGGAAGAUGCCCUGGAGGCCCAUAGACAGAUACACACAGGCUCGGACAUGGCCAUCUUCUGCCUGCUGUGCGGGAAGCGCUUCCAGACGCAGACGGCCCUGCAGCAGCACAUGGAGGUCCACGCGGGCGUGCGCAGCUACAUCUGCAGCGAGUGCAACCGCACCUUCCCCAGCCACACUGCCCUCAAGCGCCAUCUGCGCUCCCACACCGGCGACCACCCGUUCGAGUGCGAGUUCUGCGGGAGCUGCUUCCGGGACGAGAGCACGCUGAAGGGCCACAAGCGCAUCCACACUGGGGAAAAGCCCUACGAAUGUAACGGCUGCGGCAAGAAGUUCAGCCUCAAGCACCAGCUGGAGACCCAUUACCGAGUGCACACAGGCGAGAAGCCCUUUGAGUGCAAGCUGUGCCAUCAGAGGUCCCGGGACUACUCGGCCAUGAUUAAACACCUGCGCACCCACAACGGAGCCUCCCCCUACCAGUGCACUAUCUGCCUGGAGUACUGCCCUAGCCUGUCGGCCAUGCAGAAACACAUGAAGGGACACAAGCCCGAAGACAUCCCACCUGACUGGAGGAUAGAGAAGACCUACCUGUACCUCUGCUACGUCUGAGCGGGGGGCCCAGGCAGCAAAGAGGGUGCGGAGGAGGAGGAGGAGGAGGAGGAGGAGGAGGUGUAGUAGGAGGAGCAGGAUGGCGAGGAUGCAAGGACUAGGUUGAGAAGCAUGGAAUCUACGAGAGAAAAGGAGUGGGGAAAAAACCUACAGAAAGACUGCCUUCAAACAGAAUAAUGGAGGAAUGGAGAAAUAUAUGGGAGACACAUUUGUGAAAGGGCUGGGCAAGGCAAAGAGACAGAGGGAGCAGGAGAAAAGAUGGGAGAGAAAUGUGACCAUACAGAUGUGUGUAUGUGUGUGUAUAUUUAGAUGUAUAUAAUGUACACAUACAUACACACACCACAUUGGGGCAGACCCUUCAGUGCAUUAAGGUUCAUCUUAGAGUAGGUCCAGCAUUUCUGGCUUGAAUCACUCUCUCACCACCUCUACCAUUAGAUUAUUGAUGGUAAGGAGAUGAGAUUACCAUCUCCUCCCUCACUCUAUGUGGUGGUAUAUUUAGGGUGGGGGAGGGCUUCUGGGGUGUCAGAUAUGGACUCUCCUAGCUGCUUACCCCUCUCUGCUGUCUCCCCUCAGAUUUAAACACAGACCCCUUUCCCCCUAACACCCUCUGACGGUUUAAAUCCACACUCCCCAUAGCUGUACCUGGAAAGGACUCUCAGAGCACUUACAACUGUUGUGGUGGCGAUGGUGUAGGUCCAGAUGUUCUCAGAGAUUAAAAGCCAAAAUAAUUCAUUUCGAGGCCUGGGAGCCACAUGCAGCAGAGCAUUUCUGGGAUAAGUGAUGAAUCCGAACGUUCCACGAUUUGAAUAACCAACCAGAUCAUUAAUCGAUUGCUUGGAUCGGUAUUCAAAUGCUUGUUAAGAGAAAAAUGAAGAAAAACCCAGUUGUUUAUCAUCAAUAUUCAUGAAGGAGAGCCCCAGGAACCCUGCAUGAAAUGGCAUAAUUCAUUGAUAUUAAUUUUCCUGCCUGAACUUGAGUGAAUGCAGACCUCUUUGCAGUGAGUCAUUAGUUACACUGGAGUUUCACCCAGUGUUACAAGAGAGAAAAAAGUUAGGUUUAAAGAAACAUAGAAUAUUCAGAUAUCAAAGUGGAAAAUGCACAUCCUUAGAUGUCACACAUCCUUGGAAUUGUUGGAGAUACAGCAACAGUAUCCUAUUUCUAUUUCUAGUUCACUGAGAUUUAAACACUUUCUCAACUGCUUAGUAAGAGAUUAAUGGAACAAGCCAUGGCAUCUCUGCAUUUUACCACUUCCGUAUACACCUAACCAUACAGUAUGUGUUGCUGUACACUUGACAAGGGCUUCUCUGGAAAGAAGGCUCACCCACAGUGGGUAAAUCCUGAUUUCUGAUGAGUCUAAACUAUAGUAUAUCAGUUUCCUCCCUUCAGCUUUGACUGUGUCAUUACACAGGAUAUGUGACUGAUCAUUGCACAAUUGCACAGUGUCGGGAUAAUGUUGACUGUCUCAGUCUGGUGUUUCUGUCUGAAGCUGUAGGGUAGCUAACUGCUACUGUUAUGAAAUAGCCUUUUAUUAUGUACAAUACAGUCACUAGAUUUUGAAUUAGUGUUUUGCAUUUAUUUCUGCACUGCGCAUAGCUUACAGUUAAUUUGAACUUCUGAUCAUUACAUAUAUCAUUACAUAUAUCACUUACAUACUUUGGCUUCAUGUACAUAUAUGAGUAAAUUACAAUAAUCAAUCAUUUCUUGAUGCCAAUAUGAUGGAGACCAAAAUGGCUAAGGUUGCCAUAUCAUGUUUGCUCUGAAACAUUGUGGCACUUUAACAUGUAGUACUUGUAACCACAUCUACAUGGUCAGUGUUUGGAAGCAUUUGGCUGACAGCAUGAGGCAUUGGCCUGCCCAGCCCUUGGUGGCCAGAUAGGAAAGUAGAAACAAACAUUCUUCUGUUGUUUUCUUCCGUUGCUUCAUGUACGUUUCUUUAAACUUGGUGUAUUUCAGCACAUUGUACUUGAAUUACCUCGUUUUUUGUGACCUCAUGUGCUUAUUUUUAUUUUCUUUUAUUUUUUUUAUUUUUUUAAAAUGUAUGUCUGGAGGCUGUGUUUUGUGAAAGGGUGAGGUGAAAAGUUGAUACACACUCGGGAAUUACGUAGUUAAGUGCCGCAGUGAGAAUUUUUUUUCUUUUUGUAUUUUGUGCAUUAUUGUUACCAAAAUUGGUAUUUUUUAUUUACCCUGCUUUUUUUGAAGAGCAGGGGCAUUGGUCAUUGUUAUAACAAGCUACCUCUAAGUUUUGUUUAGUUUGCAAAAGCACAUUUUGUUGUGUUUGUGUUUUGCAUUGUUGUCUUGCAACUUCAUCUCAUGCUUUACCUUCAAGUGUUUAU